CAAAUGAAAUCAGAAUUACAGGAGCAAAAGCAACAAAAACGAUUACUUCGGGAGCUGCAUUUAAAACGUGUUCAAUCAUUGCGAAAGGAAUUGGAUUACAUCAAAGCAACUGAGUGGAGAUAUCAAUCAAUCGACCGGUAUAUGGAUAGAAAUAAUAGAAAUUAAACAUGUUUUCACUUAUAUAUAAUGUUAUUAAGUAUACUAUGGGAUAUAAGUCGGCUAAUACAAGCGAUACAGACGAAAUAAAUAAUGUUAUAGCUCGUAUCGAAAGCGCUCAUAAAGAAGAAAUACAGAAAGAUGAAUAUCUUAGUAAUCAUGAUUACUGCUAUAAAACGGGAAAUAUUACUUAUAUUUCCAAAGACUAUGUGGUAGUUGAUCAUUCUCAUAUGUGCGAUAGAGCAAACAUCUCAGUGAAUAAUUUAAAAGUAGGUGAUACAGUUCAGUGUUUGGUAUCUCAAAAUAAUCAUGAGAAUGAAUACAAAAUACAGCAAAUUAUUUCUAUGACAGAUGAUUCUUGGGAUGAUGUAGUCACAGAUCCCCAAAGAAAUAUUGUAGAACCAAAAACCUUAAUCAAAUGCAUAGUUGGAAAAGUAAUUGACCGUAAGAAUCGUUUGAUAAUUGUAGAACCUAAAAAUAUUUCUGUUGAUUUAAAUAAGGUACAAUCUGAAUUUAUUCCUGUGAUUGGAGACUGGUUGAAACUGGAUGCAGAAGUAGAGAUUAAUGAAAAUUCUGAUGAUCUAAAUGAUAUAAUAUUAAAAAUCCAAAAAAUACAACCUCUGAGAUCUAAGUUAGAUCAUGGAACUGUAUCUAGUUAUGAUUCAAUUAAAGAAAUUGGUUCCAUUGGCAAAGAUAUUGUCUUUAACAAAAGAAUAUGCGAAUCUGGUUACAUUCCUUGUGUUGGUGAUAAAGUAAUUAGUGACAGUAUUGAAAGUGACCAAGGAAUUUAUACAUGGAGAUCAUUAGUUGUGGUUCCACUAUUUCAGGUUCCUGGAAAAGAAACCAAGUUACCAAUACUAUGCAAUACUUUCAGAACUAACAGAAAUUUAGAUGAACUUAUGAAAGACAAAUGUGGUAUAGUUAUCAGUAAUAAUUUAAAUAUUGAAUUAGAUGUAUUGGAGGAACAAACCUUAAUAGUUACAGUACAAAAUGUAGGUAAUACUACUCAUGUAUUACGUAAAGGUUGUUUCAUGUCAAAAAGAAAUCAGUCUCAACUAGCUUUAAUGCAACCACCUACACUUAAUACAGUUUCAGUAUUAAAUCCUUCUGACGAAUUAACUUACAUAUUUAAAUGUGCAGCAAAAUUUAUUGGUACAAGUGAAGAAUUAUUUAUCUUUAAUUUUAAAGACUUUGAAAUUGGAAGAGUUUUUCGUAUAAAUGUUCGACCUAAAAAUGUACAAAGCAAAACAUGCGUGAAAAGUGAUAAUAUUAAAGCUAAUAAAUCUGGGCAGAUAUUAGAUCUGGAUGAAUGGAGUCAAAUGACCUACAUUCCAGGUAUUCGUCCAUGUAAACCACCUGCAUUUAUUAAAGUACGAAAUGUGAUAUUCAAAGUUCCUCGACAUUACUGGAAUGUAAUAUCAAAAUGUAUAGAUGAAAGGAAAUCACAAACUGAAUGUGAAUAUGAUAUAGGAAACGCUAUACCUUGUUUACUAAACAGGCUCAGUUUUGAGGUUUAUAAAGAUCGUUUUCACGCGUUACUAUAUUUAGAAGAAAUUGCUCAAACAAUAAGUAUGCAGCAAUAUAAUCUGGAAAGUACAGUUAUGAGACGUGCCGGGGACUAUUUAGUUAUGGAAGUACCAGGACUUGCAGAGAAACGUCCAUCCUUAAUUAUUGGCGAUAGAGCUAUAGUAUCUUUUAAAUGGGAUAAUACUCAAGGCCAAUUAAAAUAUGAAGGGUUUAUCCAUAGAAUUACAAAUACGGACAUUUUUUUGAAAUUCAACUACAAAUUUCAUCAAGAUUAUAAUUACGAAGACUGUCAAGUGACAUUUAAAUGCUCAAAUUCUGCCGUGCAACGUUGUCAUAAUGCAAUUAAUAUGGCUGUACAUCGCCUCGGUUCCAACUUUUUGUUUCCUACAUAUGUAAUUGAGAAAGAAUCUCAGGUAGAUCUCGAAGAGUUUGAAACAAACGACAAGCCAGUUUCUAAACAACUGGGUCAUCAGCGAAAUGAUUCUGUGUCAUCAGAAUCUUCUACUAGCAGUACACCUACAAGUAAUAAAUCAAGUAAUACGUCAAGAUCAUCGACAAAAAUAUCCGUCGUACAAAGAUUAUUUAAUGUUAAACCAAUUCAAGAAAAUAAAGAAUGUGAAACAAGCUCUAUUACGUUAACAAAAAACAAUCAAGACGUUGAAACACACAAAAAAACAGACGUUGAUAAAAAUUUAUUAGACAAAACAUUAUCAAGAAAUUCAAGAGAAACAUCAGUCUCUUCUUACAACACUGAAUUACAACCGUACAUUACACAAAUAAAAAAACGAAAGUUAAUUUGGUUCAAUCAAAAUCUCAAUUAUUACCAGAAGGAAGCUGUAAAAAACAUAUUAAAAGGACACGCACGGCCACUACCUUAUGUGAUAUUCGGACCACCCGGUACAGGAAAAACUAUUACUUUGUGUGAAACAAUUCUGCAAAUUUUAUCAACUAUACCUGAAAGUCGACUAUUAAUUGCAACACCAUCUAAUAGUUCAGCAAAUCUUAUAGCAGAACGGCUUCUGGAUAGUGGUGUUCUUAAACCUGGUGAUAUGGUACGGCUUAUAGCACAUCAUUACUUAAGUAGUGAUUCUAUAUCUGGUAAGUUAUUACCGUAUUGUGCCACUGCAGAAAUAGCAGAUGAAAAGUCAGUUGCAAAAACAAGAUAUAAUGGAGAAGGUCCAAAGUUAAAUUGCACUAUGAGUAUAAUUGGUCGUCACAGAAUUACUGUUGGUACCUGUAUUGCUUUGGGAAUAUUGAACAACAUGGGUUUCCCGCGUGGACACUUUUCACAUGUACUGAUCGAUGAAGCUGGUCAAGCAACAGAGCCAGAAAUUAUGAUUCCACUAAAUUUUAUUCAUUUUGAUUAUGGACAAGUCAUUCUUGCGGGUGAUCCAUUACAACUUGGUCCAGUUGUACAGAGUAGAUUAGCAAAGAAUUUUGGUUUAGACGAGUCGUUUUUAACGAGAUUGUUACGUCACUUCCCUUACCAAAAAGAUCCUAAUGGUUUUGAAUCACAAUAUGAUCCAAGGCUGGUCACAAAGCUUGUUAUAAAUUAUCGAAGUUUACCGGAAAUACUUGAAUUAUCAAGUUCGCUAUUCUAUGAUUCUGAAUUAAUAGCACAGAUAUCGCCAAAGAAAAGCAAAGAAGCAAAACUUUUACAAACAUUAGCUAGUGAAUUACCAGAAAGAAAUGGUGCGCCACCAGCUAUAAUCUUUCAUGGUGUAAAUGGAGAAAACUGUAAAGACAGUGAUAGUCCAAGUUGGUAUAAUCCGGAAGAAGCAACGCAAGCAUAUCUUUACUUACUGAAGUUAUAUAAAUGUGGUCUUUCCCCCGAUGAUCUGGGAAUUAUAACUCCUUAUCAAAAACAGGUUUAUCAAAUUCGUGAAUUACUUAUGGAAUUAAACGUGGAUUUACCAAAAAUUAGCAGCGUCGAAGGAUUUCAAGGCCAAGAACGUAACGUUAUCAUUAUUUCAGCUGUACGAUCUUCAAGUAAUUUUAUAAACGAAGAUAUCAAACACUCCCUUGGAUUUGUGGCUUGUCCUCGAAGACUCAAUGUCGCAAUUACUCGUGCUCGUGCUUUGGUAAUAAUUUUAGGUAAUCCUUACCUUUUAGCCCAAGAUCCAUACUGGCGAAGCGUUUUAAUAUAUUGCAUUAAUCGAAAUUCUUAUACCGGAUGUACCUUUACCUUAUCUGAUAUAGACGACGCACAGACAGAAAUAAGUACUGAUACUACUGACAAAAUGAAUAAUUUAUAAUGAUUUGUGACAGUAGUACAUGGGUUUUUUAUUUAUCAAGAUAUCUGUUAUUAAAUUAUAAAAUUACAUUUUUUGUCUAAUAUACAGUACUUGAUAUCCGUACAUAUAUUACAGAAAAUGAUACAUUUUAUUUUGUUGAUUGAAUACUUUUUAAAACAGAAUAUUUAUUUAGAAUAUUCCAAAUUUUGUACAGGGGCUGCAGAAUAAUACACUUUAAACAGAAGUAUUCUAAAUUAUAUUUCUUUUCUGCAUAUUUUCAGUAAUAAAACGCGAAAAUACAUUUGAUGAAAAAGUACAUUUUGUACGUUGUAACGUAUGCAUGUAUGUAUACCGCAGUUCACCAGAGUCCAUAACUGGGAAAAGACCAGUUUUCGUUCUUCGCGCUUCUCCAGUGCGCAUCUUCGCCCUGAUUGGCGAUACUUCCAAACGAAGUGGAAAGCGAUUAGCA